CUGAAUUUUGUGUUUUUUUAGUAUAGAGACCAAAACUCAAAACCUUUGAAUUUUGUGUUUCUUCAGUCUUGUUGCUGCCACCAUAUUUCACAAAAUCUCAAAAGGCUCAACCUUUUGCUUGUGUUGGCAACAAUGGGGCAUUUGGCUUUUUCUCCCCUUCUCCUUCUUCUUUUAUUCUUCUUUUACUCUUUACUCUUAUCUUUUUCCCUAACCGUCGCCCCUUGUACAACAAAAAAACCCAAUUCAGUAUUCUAUGGCUUUUCUUUCCACCUCUGUUUCUUCCUAAAGCAACAAUCUUUUACUAUUUUUGAGGAUGUAUACAAAUAAUCAUGUAUUUAUUUCGUGGGAAGAGCGCGCUGUUUCUCAGGGGAAGGACCAUCAUGUUGUGCACUACUACUUGAAGGAUUCAUCAGGGGAGAUGAUCCUUGUUGGGGUGAGUACUGAAAGAAGUGCAAGGCACAUGGUAUUUGUUAUCUCAGAGGAUUAUUUGGAUGCUUUUGGGCAUACAAGUAGCAUUAAUUCUGGAACAAAGUGGCGUGUAAAAUGAGAUAUAGUGGAACAACUGAUGUUUUUGAUUUCAAAGCAUCACAAAUCACCACCUAUUUCAAAUACCCCGACAAGUGAAAGGAGAAGAAGUGUUGUAAUGGCUGGUCACUUAGCUGAUGAGGUACAGCUUCCUAAUAAAUUGAAAGCAAAAAAAUCAAAUAUUUUGUGGUCAGGUACUGCUUGGACCUGCGCCAAGCAACGUACGCAUUAUCCUUCUUUUAGCAGAAAUGGAACUACAAUAACUGUUAAUUCCUUUGCUAUAUUCACGGUCGAAGAAGAAAGUCAGCACCUUGGUUACUUGGAAGACUUAUAUGAGAAUAAAAAGGGACAGAAAAAAGCGAAGGUUCGGUGUUUCGAACAUUUUCAGGACAUCAAGUGUGCACUUCCAGAGCUUGACGGACACCCUAGAGAAGUACUUAUCACGUCUCAUGUUGAGGUGAUCCAAGCGAAUUGUAUUGAUGCUCUUGCUACAGUUUUGACUCCAGGAGAUUAUGACAAAUAUAUCUCUCUUGUCCCAAAAAAUUUGUCCUCUGGUGUUUAUAUGUGCUAUAGGGAAAUAAAAUACCAGGUCCUGCUAUUCUCUACUCUGAAUGAAUUGGAGGGCUACUAUAGUCAAGCGAUAUUUACCAUGUCACGCAGUCAACAAGCCAAGCUUAAGUCAAAGGGUCAUAUGUUGCACGAAGUAAAACAUAUUACCCGAGAAGAUCCUCCAACUCAAGGACUUAGGGAGAGUAGAAGUGUCAGCAAGAGUGGUAUCAGAAAGCCAAUUCCUGGUAACCCGAUAAGAAAAGCCGAACCACCAACUUGCCCAAUGUUAAACAUAAAAUUUCCAAGCAUAGUACCAGUUGGAAUUCAGCUUGUUGAGCCUCAAUAUAAGUUGUCUAUUGAAGUUGGUGACAACUUAGAGGUUCUUUGCCAGGAUAGUGGCUUGAGAGGUUGUUGGUUCAGGUGUAAGGUCUUAGAGGUAUCACAAAAACGUAUGAAAGUUCAAUAUGAUGACAUCCAGGAUUGUGAUGCUCCUGAAAAGCUCGAGGAAUGGGUUUCUUCCUAUAGAGUUGCAGGCUCUGAAAAAUUGGGCAUGAGAUGCACAAGACGCCUCACAGUUAGGCCUCGGCCUCUAGAGGAUUCUUCUGACUACUCUUUUGAAAUAGGAGCUGCAGUUGAUGCUUGGUGGUCUGACGGGUGGUGGGAAGGUGUUGUUGCUGAAAUUGAUGUCUGUGGAAGCGGUCAUCAUCAGGUUUAUUUCCCUGGCGAGAACAUGUUAUUGGAGGUUCAAAGGAAGAACCUGAGGACUUCAAGAGAUUGGAUAGAUGACAAAUGGGUUGAAGUUAAGGGAAAGAAAGAUAUAAAGUCGUUCGUAAGCUCGAGUUUAACUGAUUUAUCCAAAUGCAGGAUCAAAGAACAUGGGAACUGUGAAAAUAAGAUGGUUCCGAAGCUUGUGGCAAUGAAGACAACAAACUGUCAAUUUCUAAACAAUCAGCUGAGAAGCAAGACAAUGAUGCUCCUAAAAUGAAAAGGCGAUGAUGUAUUGAUUUUCUUGCAGGUAAAUAUUGACUUGUAAGUAUCUCUCAACGGUGCUCGACCAUGAAGGAUCCGACCUCUACCCGAGUUCGAGCCACGUAGCUGGUGGAGCGCAAUUCUUCUUGUUCGAUUGGUUCUGUUAUAUUAUUCAUACAAUAGUAGCAAACGUUAAAUUUUGCACUUCCUUACAUGUUAAGUUAUGAAUCAUAAUUUAAUCACUGUGAAAUUGAUACCUCACUAGGAAACUCUUUUCUUUUGAUGUCAUUAACAUCAUGAGAGAGAUUCUUUUUCUAGCGAGCUGACAUAUUUUCUAUAUUUAUAAUUUAAAGAAGUUUUAUAUGAGCUAUUUUAAGAAGAUCCAUAACAAUCUUACUUCAUGCUUCACAAUUUGGUUAGUUAUCACGAUUAAGAAGCUCAUUAUGUCUAGGUAUCGGGAUACUAUAGUUAAAAGGACACUCCUAUAGGAAAAAGUUAGUAUUUUUAAUCGCAAUGUUAUGAAUUUAUUUAAAUUGUUAAAAACUGCUUAGGAACUCUAGGUAUGUGAGUUUUGCAACACAUAUCCAGUCCCAAACCUUGAUAAAAGAGGAGCCAAAGAGGGUUGUACUAGGUGGAGAGCAGUUUAAAAUAAUCAGCCAAAUGAUUCCUUUGAAUAUUGCAUUCAGGUCUGUAUAGAGGUGAAUUGAUACAAUAGGAUUCAUAUAGCUAAUUUAACUAGAUCAUUUCCUUGCUCUUCUUCCAGAAGAAACAUAAGAUGGACGUAAGUCCACAAAAUAUAGUUUUAUCUUCUAAUUCAUCUGUAUUGACUUGUUGCCAGUCAAUGAGCUUUUAAUGUUGGGGGAGACUGGAGAGGGAAACUCCAAGGCAGAGCCAGAUUUUGAAGUAUAUGGGUCUUGGAUUCUAGUCUUUUUAGUUAUUGGCUAAGUUGCACAAACUCUUCACUUUCGAUGUUGCACCCAUGUCGAAUUCUCCUAAAACACACUACUUCUGGAGAAUCUCACACCGGUCGACAUUUUUGAGAGUUCGAGCAACAUAGGUUAUUGGGUUCUAAAUAAUAAUUUGCACAUAGUCAAUGAAUAUUUGAAAAAUAGAGGAAAUAUGGCGCCUCUGAAGGUUAGAUACACCAUUGGGACUACUGAGAUACUAAGUAAUGGUUGUAUUUAUUUUGUGUCUACCACAAGUGUAGUCAAACACGUGGAAGUGGACAUUUUGGCAACACACUUGCACCCUUUAUUGUACUCAAUUCUUUGGUAAAGAUUUAUGCAAUCUAAAGCUAUUGUGGGUUGGCCGAAUUUGUGAUAGAAACUCUAGUUCCGCCCUUAGAGGGAGUUUCCGUCAGUACUUAGAUACCAUAAGGGCUCAUACUAUUUUAGUGGACGUUUUGGACAUAAAAAUGGGAAUUUGAAAAAUUAAAAGAAGUGGUAUUUGAAAAAAAGUUGAAAAGUGGUAAUUGGAGUUGUGUUUGGACAUGAAUACAACUUGGAAAAAUGUUGAAUUUUUGCGAGUGAUUUGCAGUGAAAAAGUGAAAACAUGUGUAUUGUUAGUUUUAACAAUUCUAUGCACAAACAUGAUUCUGGUAUGCAAUUAUGAAAAAAGGUGAAAAUUAUUCAUGGCCAAACAUGCCCUUAAAGACUUGGACGGGAAGAUGUUUGGAAGAAUAGCUAAAGGGGGGAACUUCAAUCUCUCAAUUAGUUUUUUUUUUAUGAAUGUCUAUCUUCCUGCCGCUGUUUCUACCAUAAGGCUAUGUGCAGUAUGAUGGAAAAUGUUUUCCAAUGAAGUAUUAGAUUACCUGAAUCUUUACCAAAAGAAUUGAGUGCAAUGAAGGGUGAGAUUGUGUAAUACCAAAAUGCACACUUCCACGUGUUUGAUUGCACAUGUGGUAGACAUAAAAUAAAUACUACCAUUUCUUAAUAUCUUAGUAGUCUCAAUGGUUUGUUUAACCUUCUAAGUCCAUCUUUCCUCUAUUGUCGAUUAUAAUAGUGUUUGCGGAGAGACCGAGGUAAAAAUUUGCAUUUAAUGAUUAAAAUAAAUAAAUUGAGGUAAAAGUUUCCUUCUACAUC